UCUAGGGCUCAGCUCCCACAGUUUCUGUGGACAACACAACUGGAUGCCAGUUAAACUAAGCAAAGACUCAUUAGAGACAGCUAUAACAACAGCCAAGUCGAGUGAGAUCAAUGUAAUGGUGCCUGGUUCUUCCCCUGGUGGAGAUUGGGUGGAACAUGCACCGCCUCAACAGUACAACCAUGUGUUCACCGAAGGGAAGUUCGAGACAACACCGAGGUCUCGCAUUCAGGUGCCUAAGCUAAGGAGAAUCUCUGGUCAGUCUGGGGUUUGCUUGAACAUCAAGUCUACUUUUAACUUGGCUGAUUCAGGUUAUAAUAUAAGAGAAUCUGUUUGUUAGUGGUUUUAAGUUUGGAGGUUCUUUUGUUUUCUCUGUUUGUUGUGAUCUCGUUUUUUCUUCGUCCU